AAAGUGAAACUGCUGAACUGCAGUUAAAGUCACCCAAAAUUAGCAUUGACACGUGAACAAAGAGUCAGAAUAUUCACAUUUAUUUAUACUAAAUUGUUUAAUAAUCCUUCUAUCAAGAUCCAUUUUCAUACCACAUACAUGUUUUUAUGAAUUUAUUAUGUCUCAUAUUGAUACAUCGAGCCCUUCGGUAAUUUUCUUUGCUCAAAACUAUUUAAAUUUUUGUUAUAAAAAAAGUGUCCCCAUAACAUUUUGACAAAAUAGAACAUUUCAGGCAGUUUGUCUCUGUUUAUUUUUCUCUUAUUUUGUCUCUGUCUUUUAUUUCACUUUGUGAGAAGUGUGAUAGCGGUUUCAGUGAAUAAUUCAUGCAAAGACAAACCUUAAACCUUUCACAGUAUGCAUGUGAGAAGUGUUGGCUUUUUUAAGUUAAUUUGCCCUUUAGGACUCCCAUAUCUAUCAUUUUGCUUUGACAAAUGUAGCACAAAAAGUCCAAAAGCAAGGCAUGUCAAGGUGCUAUACUCGUUUAGUGAGGAAAACGAAAUCAUUUGGGGUAGGAUGAGAUGUAAAUCUUUGUGACUCAUUACAUGCGUUUUAUACUUUUACUACUUCAUACUAUUUCAGAUGUGUUCAGAACUGCUAAAUGUUUUUUGAUUGAACUUUGACGCAUGUUAACGAGGGAGCACACGCCUCGCCGUGAUGACGUCAGCGCUGACGCGUUCACCCAGCGUCGAGUCUUCAGAGCUGAGCUCUGCCGCCAUCAGUGAAAGACAAAUGCAGAGUUUAUUGAAGGACAGUGAGAAGAUGAGUGAUCCAGAACCCUGCAGAAUUAAACAGGAAGAGACUGAAGAACUAAUAGAUGUGAAGGUGAAGGAGGAGAGUGAAGAACUGAGUGAAGCUGAGGAGAAACAUCAUGUCAAGAGGGAAGAAGAAACUCAAUCAGAGACUGAAGAUAGUUUUGUAAUAGAAAGAACAGUAAGUGGUUUCACCUGCGCUCAGUGUGGAAAGAGUUUCAGGCACAAAUACCAUCUCAAGCGUCACAUGAUCAUUCACACUGGAGAGAAACCGUACCAGUGUUCACACUGCGACAAGAGAUUCGGUGAUUCAGGAAACCUGAAUUCACACAUGCUGGUCCACACCGGAGAGAAAACACACAAGUGUGAUCAGUGCGGCAAAACAUUUAUGAGGUUUUCAGAGCUGAAGAGCCAUCGAACAGUUCACACAAACAAAAAGCCGUACUCAUGUUCUGAGUGCGGGAACAGUUUUAGUAAUUGGUCAAAUCUAAAAGCACAUCAGAAGAUCCACACUGGCGUGAGAGAGUUUGUGUGCUUUGACUGUGGGAAGAGUUUCAUCAGAGCUGGAGGGUUGAAAAAUCACCAGAGGAUUCACACCGGAGAGAAACCGUACAAGUGUUCACACUGCGACAAGAGCUUCAAUCAGUUACAAAUAUUGAAAGUACAUAGGAGGACUCACACCGGAGAGAAGCCGUACACUUGUACUCACUGUGGGAAGAGCUUUAGACAAUCGCCAAACUUUUAUCGACACCUGCUGAUCCACACUGGAGAGAAACCACACAAAUGUGACCACUGCAGCAAAACAUUUCUCUGGCCUUCAGAGCUGAAGGAUCACCUCAGAGUUCAUACAAACGAGAAGCCGUAUGCAUGCUCAGAAUGUGGGAAGAGUUUCACUCAACAGUCAAAUCUGAGACAACAUCAGAAGAUCCACGCUAGUGUGAGAAAGUUUGUGUGCUCGGAGUGUGGGAAGGCUUUUAUUAAAGCCGUGAGUUUGAGACAGCACCAGACGAUUCACACAGGAGAGAGACCGUACGUGUGUUUACAGUGCAACAAAACAUUCAGAGAUGCGGGAUACCUGAAAGCGCAUGAGCGGAUCCACACUGGAGAGAAGCCGUACACGUGUACUCACUGUGGGAGGAGCUUUACAGUUUCAUCAUCUCUUAAUUCACACAUGCUGAUCCACACUGGAGAGAAAACGCACAAAUGUGAUCAGUGCGACAAGACAUUUUUGAGGGCUUCACAGCUGAAGAACCAUCUUAGAGUUCAUACAAAGUAGAAGCCUUUUCAUUAAGAAAUAGGUUUACACAUCUGCAAAAUUGACCUUGCUGAAAACUCUCUUCUGCAUUCACAAACACAAGAUUAAUAAUUAAUAAUUCCCUACAUUUAUACAGCACUUUUCUAAACACUCAAAGCGCUUUACAGAAUUGGGGGAUCUCCUCAUCCAACACCAGUGUGCAGCAUACAUCUGGAUGAGGUGACGGUAGCCAUAUUGCGCCAGACAGCACACCAGCUGAUUGGUGGAGAGGAGACUGAGUGAUGAAGCCAAAUAUGGUUAGGAGGCCAUGAUGGACAGAGGCCAGUGAGCAAAUUUGGCCAGGAUGCCAGGGUUAAACACCUUUUUUUGAAGGACACGCUGGGAUAUUUAAUGACCACAGACAGUCACGACCUCGUUUUAACGUCUCAUCCGGAAGACGGUGCUCACUGAGCAGUAUAGUGUCCGCUUUACUAUACUGGGGCGUUAGGACCCUAACAAACCGCAGGUUGAGCGCCUCCUGUUGGCCUCACUAACACCACUUCCAUCAGCAAGCUAGCUUUCCCCUGUGGUCUCUAUGCAGUCAAUCUAGGGCCAUAUAUAAUUGCAAAUUAAAAGAAGGUUUGCAAACAAAAAAAUAAGUAUUGAGCAAAAAAUUUGAAAUAAAUGCAAAUCUCCAAAAUUUACAAAGCAAAUAUUAAUUUUGGAGAAAUAAAAAUGUAUUCUGCUAACAAAAAUAAAGAACUGCAACAGGAAAAUAAAAUUUUUGAGAAACAAAAAUUAAAUUUGCAAAAAAAAAAAAAUGGAAAUAAAAUUCAAACAGUGCAAAAAAUAAAUAAAUAAAUAAAAUAUUUGCAAUAAAAAAAACAAUAUAUUUGCAACACAUUUUAUAGCAUUGCCUUUACAAAAGCCCAAGUUUUCUUGACUCCACCCUCUUGUCAAAUCGGCCACAAAGUGAACCGCGCAAAAACGUGAAGUGCAAAGUGAAAACAGCAUUCACAAACAGUUGACUAAAAAGCAAAUCAAAAUGAGCAUUGCAACUGGACAGGUGUUCAAAAGGGAAAUGCUAUAAAAAUGUUUUGCAAAUAUUUUAUUUAUUAUUUUAUUUCUUGUUUUUUUGUUUGUAAAUUUAGUUUUUAUUUCUCAACUUCAUUUUCCCUUUGCAGUUCUUUAUUUUUGUUUGCAGAGUGAAUUUAUAUUUUUCCAAAAUUAAUGUUCGCUUUAAAAUUUUAAGAGAUGUGCAUAUAUUAAUUUAUUUGUUGCUCAAUACUUCAAUUUUCUUUGCAAGUUUAUCCUCUUAAGGCCCAAGCUGUUUUUUUUACAUGCAUUUUUUUGUUUUUCUUUGCUAUUUGGACUUAUUAGAACCGUAAUAGAAGUAUUAGUAUUAGUAUCAUCUUUUGAUAUGAUGUACUUUCAGAGAAAAAUGAUGUCCAUAUAUGUGGACCCGUGGUCCGAAUUGACAUAAAACA